AUGGCUAGUGACACUGAAAACCAUAACAAGGAACCAGAACUCGAACGUUCCGCCGAGAAGAGAAAACAACAUGAACAGUUGCCUCAUUUGAGAACUACUACUACUACUUCUCCUACUACGGCCACAGAUUGUCCUACAAACAUUUCGAAAACAACUAUGACAAACAACAACAAUGUAACUACCCCAAUUUCUACUAAAUCUGCUACUCCAAGUACGAAAUCUAUCAUGAACGUAAGUGGUACUUCCGGUGCUGUCGUAAACGCAACGCCAGAAUCCGGUUUGAAAAGAGCUCCUGCAGUUACCUUUAGUGACUCAAGGGUCUCCUUAAAAGACUCUUCUUCAACAACUCAUGAUGGUACAUUAAAUGACACUUCUUUAAGGAAAAGGAGUCCAUUAAGAGCAGAGGUAUCAAACAUACAUACAAGCUCUAAUCAAGCAAGACCAUUAUCUCCUCCAUCAGGGCACACUGCAAUAACACCAACAACAACAACAACAACAACAACAACAACACGAGAUUCUACAACGACAACUAAACAUCCAUUGAAAGUGGAAAUACCACAGGAAAAUUCAAUGGAAUUCACGGAAUUAUUGAAAGGGAAAUUAGAAACUGCUAAAAUUGAAGAACAUGCUCAUUUCCUUGUUGAAGAUUCAUUACAUACCCCUUCUUCUGCAAGAUCUCCAAUCACGAGUCCAAGAACUUCUAUCUCAACGGGAAUGAAUGAUGUUCCUAUAUCUUUCAACAACAAUAUCAUCAAUACUAAAAUACAACCUCCAAUAAUGCCCAUUACUACUACUACUGCUACUAAUACAACUGGCGUAACAACAACAACGUCGAUAAAUUCAGGUGAUGGUAUUUCCUUAGAAUCAGUAAUGGAAGAUGAUCAAAUACCACAUAGUAUAGCACCAAAUAUACCGAAAAGAGAAACAGCUAAAAACAUUGACCCAAGAUUACCACAAGAUGAUGGUAAAUUACAUGUCUUAUUUGGUGCAUGUGGAUCAUUAGCAGUGUUCAAGAUAAAAUCAAUGAUUAAAAAAUUAGAAGAUAUUUAUGGAAAAGAUAAGAUUUCAAUUCAGGUGAUCCUGACCUACUCAGCCACGAAAUUCUUCACAAAGAGAUACCAUAAAAAAUAUAACAAAUCCGCUCCAUUAAUUGACUCCCCUACAUCCGAACAACAACAACAACAACAACAACAUGAACCAACUGCAAAUAUGUCAAUGGCAACUAGAGCAGAGCAAAUGGAAUUACCAUCCCAUAUCCAAGUCUGGACAGAUCAAGAUGAAUGGGAUACAUGGAAACAAAGAAUGGACCCAGUCCUCCACAUUGAACUUCGAAGAUGGGCAGAUAUUCUCGUUUUAGCACCAUUAACAGCAAACACAUUAUCAAAGAUAUCCCUAGGAAUAUGUGAUAAUUUGUUGACGUGCGUCAUUAGAGCAUGGAAUACAAAUUUCCCCAUCUUUUUAGCCCCUUCUAUGUUUAGUAGUACGUAUAAUACGUUGAUGACGAGGAAACAAUUGAAAAUUAUUAAAGAGGAAAUGCCAUGGAUUACUGUUUUUAAACCUUCUGAGAAAGUUAUGUCAUUUAAUGGAGAUAUUGGACUUGGUGGUAUGAUGGACGCGAAUGAAAUCGUUGAUAAAGUGGUUAUGAAAUUAGGUGGGUAUCCCAAAGAUCAAGAUCAAGAUGAAGAUGAUGAUAACGAUGAUAACGAUGAUAACGAUGAUGAUAAUGCAGAUCAAGAAAAUAAUGAUGAAGAAGAAGAUGACGGGGACGAUAAUGACGACGAUGAUGACGAUGAUGACGAUGAUGACGAUGAUGACGAUGAUGAGGACGAUGAUGAGGACGAUGACGAUGAUGACGACAAGGAAUCCAAUGAAUACAAUGAAACCAAGUCAAAUAAUGCGAAAGAAGAAACGCCCAAUAACAAGACGGUAUAA